CUCCCCCAGGCUCUGGAGUGUCCCCGUCUGAGUCAAAGAGGGAGGCUGCCCUGCUGCUCCGCCCUGCUCCGCCUUGUCUGCGCUUCCGCGGGCUGCGCCGGCUUCCUAAGACACGAGCAGCGGCAGCCCUACCCCCGCGAAAGGCACUUCCGGCUGGGCGGCGGCUUGGCCUCACGCGCCUGAACAGCUGCUGGGCUUCGGCCAGUCUCUGACCCUGUGACCCGCGCCCCCAGCCGCCGCUGGGCGAGGGGCAGCCCCAUCCCCCACUCCCAAUGAGGCUACGGUGAGGGAAGGAGGCCACACAUGAUAGCAGCCCCCCGGCACGCACCACAGGGGAGGCAAGGGGGCUUCCUGGACCUGAGAGGGGGCCAAGGAGCAAGUGCAGUGACAGCGGUGGGUGCAGGGGUUCAAGGACCGUUUUUUUCCUCAUCACUCUUUAGUGAUGAGUGCUCUAUUGUUGCUGAUAGCUGAAGGAGUUCUUCUCACACUCCCUCUUCUUUUGGAUACUGUGGAAGCAGGUGUCUGUUUCAGGAUAUCCUCUGUCACGCUGGUUGCUCUGUCAUUCAUCUCUGAGUUUGCACUCUGCUUUAGACCUUCUACCUCCAGGUUACAGUCACUGCCCAUGGAUGUACGACCUGGGAGCUGGUAGGGACUUUAGCCCUUCCAGAAUGUUAAGGAUUGCAGUAAUAAAUAAAGGAAACACAGGGUUUGGAACAGAAGCUCGUCUGUCUCUAUUAAAAGUGGACAAAUUUAGCUAUGGUGGAAUAUGUGAAGCAUAGAGCCCUUGGAGCUGGGUACACUUCAACUACACUUGGUGCACUUCAUCAGCAAAACUCCAUUCAUGUCCUGACAACAAAGGCACUGACCAAUCCGUGCCUUCCAUCUUAAAGGAGAGCCCAGGAAGUACAUUUUAUUGAAGAAUCUCCAUCUGAAAUGGACACGGAGCAAGAGCACAGCCACUUAUCUUAACAGUGAUGGAGGCCACUGGUAACAGCCAGGAAGAGGUAUUGACCUCUGGAAAUGAAACAGCAGCAGACAAAGCCUCUCUGCUAAACGAUGCUGUCCGAAACCAUUCAAUAGAGAAAGUCCGGGAGCUGUUGGCGGAAGGAGCAGAUGUUAAUUUCAAGGUAGGAGGUGGUUGGACACCUCUGCACAGCGCUGUACAGGUUGAUCAGGAAGAGAUUGUUGAUCUUCUGCUGGAGAAGGGUGCUGAUCCAUGUGCUAGGAAGCAAAAUGGUGCCACUCCCUUUCUUGUAGCAGGGAUAGUGGGAAAUGUGAGACUUUUAGAGCUCUUCCUUUCUAAGGGAUCAGAAAUCAAUGAGUAUGAUGACAAUGGUUUCACAGCCUUUAUGGAGGCUGCUCACUAUGGGAAUGAGGAGGCCUUAAGAUUCUUGUACAAUAAUGGGGCAGAUGUGAAUUUGCGGAGGGUGGUUAACGAGGAGAAAAGAACACUGAAUAAAGGUGGGGCAACAGCCCUGAUGGAUGCUGCCAAGGGGGGCCAUCUCUCAGUCGUAAAAAUUCUUGUCAGUGAGAUGAAGGCUGACAUGAACAUCUGUGACAACCAGGGCAGGAAUGCUUUAAUCCAUGCCUUCCUUCCAAGAGAUAACAAGACAAGGGAGUCAAUUGCCCCAGUUGUUCAUUUCCUGCUGGAUUGUGGUGUUGAAGUGAACAGAAGAGAUGAACAUGGGAAAACUACGCUCAUCCUGGCAGUUGAGAUACAAAGUCUGGAUUUGGUGAAAGCUUUAUUGGAGAAGAAUGAAGUUGACACCAAUGAUGCUGACAGAGAGGGCAAAACAGCACUGGUGAUAGCUGUAGAGAAAAACUAUUACGAAAUAGCAAAGCUACUGUGUGAAAAAGGGGCAAGGACUGACCUUGGGGACCUUAUUGGGAUUGUCAAUAGGAAAUACAAUAAGAAAAUGGCAGAUCUUCUUCGCCAGUACGGCGCCAAGGCUGGUCCAAGUCAACCUCAAGAUUGGGAACCCACCAGCAAACGCUGGGGAGAGCAGCUGAAGGUUCUCUACAACAUGUAUCGUCCUAUGAUUGGAAAACUUAAAAUCUUCCAACAUAAUGAUUUCAGGAUUCAGAGAACCUCCCAAGGGGGCAUCUACCUGGGACUCUUUGAUGAGAAGGAGGUGGCUGUGAAGAUAUUCUGCAUUGGCACAGAAAUUGCUAAACAAGAGAAAAUGUGCCUUGAACAAUGUCUGACCAGCAACCAUUUAGUAAAGCUUUUUGGUGCUGAGGAAAAGAAACCCUGCCUGUACUUGUGCCUCUCGCUCUGUGAGAAGAACCUUGAAGAACACCUGAGUGCAUCAGAGAAUGAAGUGAAUUGCAAGAGUGUUCUUAAGACACUCUUUGAGGCAGUUCAAGAACUACACAUGUUUGGAUUUGGCCAUCAGGAUCUACACCCACGUAACAUUUUGAUAGAUGCUGCUGGUAAAGUUCGCUUAGCAGAUUUUGAUAAGAGCAAAAGAUUGAGUGAAGGACAGAAGGAUGUCAUAAUCAAAGACCUGAAGGCGCUCAGAAGGCUGGUCCUGUAUGUUGUUACACUGGGUAAGGUCCCCUUUGAGGAAAAUGAUAGAGACGAUCUGGAUGCAAGUUGUCCAGAGGAUGUGCAGGACUACGUGGAGACUGUAGACCUAAGGGAAAGUCUGGUCUCCCCUGAUGAAGGAAUCCCAGUUGAAAACCUGCUGAGAGACUUGAUCCAACAUCCCUUUUUCUGGAGCAAGCAGACCAGGUACAGGUUCCUGAGAGACAUUGGGAAUGAGAGCGAUAUCAAAACUCGCAACACCAAACAUCACAACAACAAGAGUGAGAUUCUGAAAGCUUUGAAUUGUGAUGAGCACCCUUUGCAGCAGUGGACUGAGCAGAUUGACAAAUUGAUUCUGGACUGCAUGCUCAACCCCUUCAACAACAAGAACAAGAACAAGAACCAGAACCAGAACAAGAAGAAACAAUAUGAAAACUGUGUCACAGACCUACUGAAGUUCAUCAGGAACAUGGGCGAGCACUUUGAUGAGAAGGAAGAAAAGGUCAAGGAAAUAAUCAAGGAGCCCUCGGAGUAUUUCCUGCACCUGUUUCCAGAAUUGACAGUUUAUGUCUACAAGCGUUUACGUGGCAUACAGCAUCAUAAGCAUUUCCCAAGCCCUCAGUGUCUUUCUCAGCUGUAGCAUGUUCUGUCGCUUCAGGUUAUAUGGCUGAAUCCCAUUGACUGACUUCCUUUUCAGGACCGUUUCGUUCAGCUGCCAAAAAGUGUCAUACAAAGUGGGGAAGGGGCUGGGAGGGCAGAGAGUAUUGGAAUUUCAGUCAGUGGAUCUGGUCUCUGGAUUCAGCAGUAAAGCACUCAGCGGUAAAGAUGCUAUGUUUCAGUGGGGUCAUGGAGGACAAUUACAUUGAGGAAAGUGCUAGAACUAAGUGCUAGAAGGGAAAUGUAAGCUGGUGAAAUGAGCAGAGGGUUGAGAAGUAGGCAGCCCUGAGUUCUAAUCACAGCUGUACUACUGACUCACUAUGUGGCUUUGGGAAAGUCACCCCAGUCUUCCCCUACUAAUAGCCACCCAUUGGUGUGCCCGCUGCACCCUUGCAGCUAACACCUCAGGAACUUCUGCUUAAUGUGUGCUGCUUCAUGGCAUCUUGCCCUUGGGGGGCUGUUGGUCCGAUUCCUACACUGAAGAGCUAUCUUUUCUGAGAGAUCCAUCCAUACUGGACAGAUACAUUGAGAACAUACCUGGAAUAAGAGUAGAUUUAGAUCUAGCAAGUCAGAUAUCAAGGAUUGUUUAAUCUCCCACCCAGGCACAUAAAAGUGUGCAGGGGGCACACCAAUGGGUGGCUAUUACUAGGGGAAGACUGGGUGAAUGAAGGACAACUAGAAUAGCUGCCAUGAAAUAUACAAGAUCCUUAGAGAAAGUUUUGUCAAUUUCAGCCUCUGCACUCUGCAGGACACCAACACCCACAAAACAAAAAGAGAUCUGAGCCCCAAUGUCCUAAGGACAUUUCAGGUGUUUAAUUCAAUAUAUAAAGAGGAUGGAAUGAAAACUACUAUUUCUUUCAAAGGAGGCACAAUAAUUUCCCUGAAUAUCCAGUUUUCCCCUUCAGUCCCUUUGUGGUUUUGUGUAUGGGGCUAUUUGCUUUCCCUGUGAAUCUUUAGUUGUUUUACCAAAAUUGCUUUGCCCAAAAUAAACCCUGAUCAUCAGAACACAUCUUCCCACCAUGUUCUUCAUGGUUUUUUUUUUUUUUUUUAAACAGUAACAUUUCAAAGAGGAUCUGCAAGCAGUUUGGACAUCACAACCAUGAUCCUCUGCUGGGGAGGAAAUGGGAUAGAUUUGAACUUGGAAAUGGUUCCUGAUUUUGAUUGUAUUUUUUGUGUAUUCGCCUCAUCCAGGGGGCAGAAAAGAAUUGCCCAGGCUUUGGUACCCCCCCCCGCAACAACCUUGAGUGAAAUUAACAA